GAAAAAUAAAUAAAUUAAACAAAGUGCACAAAUCGAUGGAAUUGUAUAGGCUUUGAAAAGCUUGAGAGAGUAGUACAAACUUAGCAUUCAUAAAGCAUAUUUGGGACGUUACAGAUGUCUACCGCAAGGUUGGAGGGCAAAGUCGCUAUUAUUACAGGGGCAGCGAGUGGAAUUGGUGAAGCAGCGGCAAGGUUAUUUGUUGAGAAUGGUGCAUCUGUUGUGAUUGCUGAUGUCCAAGAUGAAUUAGGUGAUCAAGUUGUAGCAUCAAUUGGACCAGAGAGAUGUAGUUACAAACACUGUGAUGUUACUGAUGAAAAACAAGUGGAAGAGAUGGUAACAUAUACUUUGGACAAGUAUGGUACCCUUGAUAUUGUGUAUAGCAAUGCCGGAAUCGUAGGAUCAUUGACUAGUACUCUUGAUCUAGAUGUGAAAGCAUUGGAGAAAACAAUUGAUGUUAACGUCUGCGGUAGUGUAGCCAUGAUGAAGCAUGCAUGUCGUGCAAUGGUGGCAAGAAACAUUCAUGGAUCAAUCAUAUGUACAGCAAGUGCAGGGGCGACUCGAGGUGGGUUAGCGCCAGCAGGUUACACAGCUUCAAAGCAUGCUCUUUUGGGUGUGGUUCGAUCAGCUUCACGGGAGCUCGGAAUGUACGGGAUAAGAGUUAACUGUGUGUCUCCCUUCGCAGUUGCUACACCAAUGGCAUGUACUAUACCAGGGGUCAACCGAUUCCGCUUAGAUCCGGAGUUCGUUGAAGCACAAAUGUCGUCUGUUUCAAACUUGAAGGGGAUGAUUUUGAAGCCUAAAGAUAUAGCGGAGACUGCUAUGUUUCUUGCCUCGGACGAGUCCGCUUGCAUCAAUGGACAUAAUCUUGUAGUAGAUGGUGGAUUUCCUGAUUCUAUGGACACUUUUCCGGUUAAUAAAUAUAAAGCAGUUCUGGACAUAGCGCGAUGGUCAAUUAGCAAAGUAACAUUUUCUUCCAUUCUCUCCAUGCUUGUGCCUAGGUUUCUCAUUAGUGUGUUUGAUCAAACUAGUGAUAGUAGUAAAGAUUGAAUUUUUUAUGUUCGCAACGAUUCAGCUGUCCGAUGAAUCCAUUAGCCAGGCAACCAUAAUAACAUAUGCAACUGUUAUACUCA